AAUAUCCCCCUUAUCCAUCAACUAACCCAUUCAAACAAAAUAUCUAAGGUGCAAUAAUUCAGCUUAGUCAUAAAGAAAGAGAGUACCAAAUUAAUAAUACAACUCCUACUUCAAUAAACAAAAAAUUCCUUCUAUGGCACUCACCAUUACCCACUCUUGGUAUAGAAUUAGGACCCCUUUGGUUCCAUUAUCUUGCCAAGGUAGAAGACCAACCAUCUCUAACUCCAAUCAUGAAGAAAAGAAAGACAUGGGAGGAAGAGGAGCAAAGAGAUCACCAUUGUUGAAAUUGAAAGUAAUUUUGAAUGAUUUUGAGAAGCUAAUUGGGAAGAAGCCACAACAAGAGAUGAAGAAUUUAAGUCCACAACAAAAGGGUGAUUGGAAAGACUUGUUUCUAAUGAGUAUUUCUUUUGCUGUUUAUGUUUACAUAUCGCAGAAGCUAGUAUGUGCUUAUUGUGCUUGGACUUCUAUGCCUAAUGUACAUGUAUGGUAGUUAAUAUUAACUGCUUUAAUUAAUUACUUCUUAUUACUUUAUUUCAUUUCUAGAAAAUGAAUUUGUAAACACUGGUCUUUUUAAGUUAGGAAAAUGUUAAAUAUCAAUAUAGAUCUAUAGAUGAAUUUGUAGCUGCAAAAGAAUUAUUGUGGAUGAUUUAUGUAAUAUGAGAUGCACUUUUUUUUU